AACACAUAAUAACACGUGUAUGCAGACAAGACGGAAUGUUUUUACUGUCUGCUUCCAAAACACACGGUUGCUAUACAGCGCGUUAAGACCAGUCAUAGCACUGUUUCUAACACAUUUCCGACUCGUUUCAUGCGCAUAUCAACAGAUUUACUUUGCGAAGUAUGUUCGUUGCAGACUUAAGAUGUGUUUGCCCCGCAGAUGCGAAGAUGAAGCGACCAUGAUCAGCGCCGAUGGCCGCUCCGCCAAGCGCGAGGAGACCCGGGACUCCGGCAAGAAGAGCCGGCGAGCUCCAGAAAUGCUGCACCUCAUGUUCGCCGUGUCCGUGUGGCUCGUGACAGGCACCACCAUAUCCAGCCUCAACAAAUGGAUCUUCGCCGUCUACAACUUCAGAUACCCGCUGCUGCUUUCGGCCCUGCACAUGCUGACGGCGAUAGUGGUGGACUACGGGCUGAUCAAAAGCAGGGUCGUCCGGCACAAAGGCGUCGGCGAGCAGGACCUGACCACCAGCGCCAAGUGCAAAGUGUUCCUGCUGAGCCUGACGUUUUGCGCCAGCAUCGCGUUUGGGAACGUGGGACUCAAUUAUGUGCAGCUUUCGUUUGCGCAGAUGAUCUACACCACGACGCCGCUGUUCACGCUGGCGAUCUCGGCGCUGAUUUUGGGCAAGCAGCACCACUUUCUCAAGUACACCGCGAUGAUGCCCAUCUGCCUCGGGGCGUCAUUCAGCAUUAUGGGCGAGGUGCAGUUCGACCAGACCGGCUGCCUGUUUGUGUUCGCUGCCACUAUGCUGAGAGGCGUUAAAACUAUUCAGCAAAGCAUCUUGCUCCAGGAGGAGAAGAUCAACUCUGUCUUCCUGCUGUACCUGAUGUCCAUCCCCAGCUUCUGCAUCCUGGCCGUAGCUGCUCUGGCCUUGGAAAACUGGGCUGCGCUUCAAUCCCCCUUCCAGUAUGACCACCAUCUCUGGGGCUUCAUCUUGCUCAGCUGUCUGGGGUCAGUGCUUUAUAACUUGGCCAGCUGCUGUGUCAUUACCCUGACCUCCGCUGUUACGCUGCACAUACUGGGCAACCUGAAUGUGGUGGGCAACCUGCUGCUCUCCCAGGUGCUGUUUGGGCAUGAGCUGACGGCUCUGAGCUGUGCCGGAGCCGCCCUCACACUGUCGGGCAUGAUAAUCUACCAGAACUCAGAGAUCAUUGUGGCUUACCUUGAUGCCCGGAGAGCCAGAACGCCAGCCGGUGGCGGUGGAGAGGAAGAGCUUCUUGCCAGGGAGAAUGACUUGAACAUUUCACAGACAACUGCAGAAACGUGUUCAGAUGAAGAAUCAUUUGCAGAUGCUCAAGAACCUAAUGAGAGGACAGAGAUGGAGAUUCAUGAGAAAACUGAUUGAAGGAACGUACCUAAGAUGAUGUUCCAAAACCUAGUGAGCUGCUGCAGUGUUGACUAGAGGCCAGGAACUAAAGGAGGAAAAUGAAAGUAAUUGGGAUUUGAUGUGGUCUCUGGCCCUUAACAACUUAAUCAGGGGGGCGAAGCAACUUUUUUUAUAGUUUAGUAAAACUAAAAUCAUGAAAAACAUAUUUAUAUUUGGAGCUUAUUUCUAAAGCAACAUUUCUCAUCAACGUGACAAUUAAAAAACAAGACUACAUGCUAAUUAAUCAUUCAGAUAUUUACCAAAAUUAAAAUAAACUAUAAAACAUUUUACAAAAUAUCCAUAAAAAUGUAUUAUAGUAUGUCAGUAUCCAGGACGCUCUUGAAGAAGAGAUUACAAAUGCUCUGGUAAAAUAAACCUUUGAAUAAAUAAAUUAAUUAAUCAAGUAAAUUAAAUAAUAAGAAUGAAUAUAAAAUGAUACGAGCCUAGGCAUUCUGUAAAUCACAAAACGUUUUUGUGUUCUACAAAAGAACGCCAUACGUGACAAAUAAAGUUAACUUUGGGUAAUCUAUUUCUUUCCCAGUACUGCGUUGUGGCUGGAAGGGCAUCCGCUGCAUAAAACACAUGUCGGAAUAGUUGGCAGUUCAAUCCACUGUGGCGACCCUGAUAAAUAAGGGACUAAGCCAAAGGAAAAUUAAUAAAUGGAUGAAUAAUCUAUUACUUUACGUCAGCUGCAUCCGUUUGUGUCGAAGAGAUACGCACUUUUCACGCACAAUUUUAAAGCAUAAAAUAUAACAGGGAUCAUGCCGUGUCGCUGUCUUGUGAAAAAAAAAAAAAA